AAUAAUACAGAGUUCGCCGUAUGCAUGGCAGACGUGUGUUACUCCGUAGAGUGUAUAUAACUAGGUUACUUUACCUGUUCCCGAGUCUCGGGUCUUGCGCAUCAUCCGCAUCGCAUCCAAAAUCCAAGAGAACCCAGGAGAGCCCAAGAACUCGCUCCCAGGGGACGAGGCGGGCAAAAUCCCACACAGUCCCCGGCCCAGUCGCUGAGAUUGAUUCCUCACUUCAAUACCCUCAUUACCCCCCGAAUACCCCCAAUUACCUCCCAUUACCUCCCAUUACCUCCAUAUUACUUCCAAUACCUCCCAUUUACCUCUCCCAUUAACCUCCCCAUUGCUUGUCACCACCAUCACCCAUCCCAUCACAUGUUCUAUUCUACUAUUCCCAUCCCAAGCUACCAACUACUGCAACAACGCCCCCUUUUUCUUCUCCCUGAGCUUUCUUCUUCUCCUUCUUCUCCUUCUUCUCCUUCUUCUUUUUCUUCCUUCACACCUCAAAGAUCCUGUUUUGGCUCCGUUUUUGGUUUCCCCCUCGCGCUGUCUAUCGCAAAGUGACCCCCCCCCCCCUAGCCACAUUCUACUACUAUACGCAUUGUGCAUACAAUACAGACUACGCUUUCUUCCUUACCCUUGCGCCAAGUGUCUACACAGAUUAGUGGCCCUCUAAGAUCCUCCAAGGGUUAUUCGCUUCGGUCCGUUCACGCGCGAACUGCUCUUAGGCUGAACAUCCCGUCAUUCCAGCGGUGUGUGUGGUGUGUGCAAGGACCCUGAAGAGUCGAGUCCACCCGGCCUUUUUCCUCCUCCUCCUCAUCCCCAGCCACCCCUUUAUACUACCCUCUCCUCUUUCUCCCUCCCUCUCUCUCUCUCUCUCUCUCUCCCGCUGCACCCCCGAGCCCACUCCCCAUCCCAAGGAGGACUCGACCGUCCAGGCCUGCGAAUACGAUCCUCUCCUCCUCCACUCCUCCUUUCAACCGCUCCACCACACCACACACCCCCCCCCCCGGCUCUUUUACCCGCCAUUGCUCGACUCCUCUCUUCUCCUCCCUCUUGAUCGCAUAUCGCCAUCUUGCGCAAGGUUGGCUUCUACUCAUUACUAUUCCCUUGCGGCCUGGACAAUCUAAUUUUUGGCCGUCACUUUGCCAAUUGACCCGGCCUGACUUAAACAGGCCCGCUGCUGCUGCUGCUGCUGCUGGUGGUUAGGUCCAAGCGCUGCGAUAUUGGAGCCACCGAUUCGCUUUGGAAAAAAAGAAGAAAAGAAAAUCAAGCGCUCCUUUUUGGAACUGUCAAUAAACCUCCAGCGCUUCCCAUAUAUCAGGAACACUCUUCGCGAUACUCUUCUUUUCGUCCUAACGAACCUUUUUGGGGUUUUCUCGCUUUGUCGCCGCCAUCCACGAUGCUCGCCAACUACUGCUACUCCUGAUCAACACAACACAUCCGGGUCCCGACCUGGCCGCCUUUUCGUCCCGUAAUAACACACACAAAGUCCCCGUUUCGAAUGACCUGAACCAGUCGGCCCUCUGGAAUAAAACCCUGUCUUGAUCCUUAUCUCCCAGCUUGAGGGGCCCCUUAUUAUUACGAUAUCCACGACUCCCCAGAUUGGCGACACUGCAGAAUCGAUAUUUCUUAUUAAUUAACACGACCAGACGUUUCUUUUUCUUUUGUUCAACCAUAAUCCAUUGCCAUUGCCAUUGCCAUUACCGUUCCCGUCUUUGGCCGUAUUUCGAACCCGGGAAGCCCACCUGGAUAUUUUUCUUCCCCUUUUUUUUAACUUGUGCUGAGCAAUGUACAUGUACAAUUGAAUUGAAGCCUUGCGACUUCUCGACCCCCACACCUUUAUCGACGACCGCACUUCAGCAUCUUUAUAUUAAUCGUAUCUUUUGCUAUUUUGAGAUGUGCAUGGAUUGAAAAAACGAGAACCACGAAAUAACGCGACUACGAUUUGAACUUUUGGGCGACCAUAUUCACUACUACUUUCGUUGAAUAAGAAUCUUUUUUAUUCUGUCUAUCCAUUCAGCAAUCGAUUACCGAUACAUUCACGGUUUGUUUAGACGUCCAUCGUCCUGGGGGAAAAAACCUAAAUAGAUAAACAAGAUUUUAAAAAAAAAAAUUCAAAAAAGCUACAAACCAUGCCCUACAGACAGCCAGGGUUGUCCCGAACCCUACCCAAGGACUUCACGUUUUACACUGGCAAUGAGCAAGCACGACCAAGGACUCCAGAGCAACAUACCAAGGAGCUGACCAUGCCGCCGCCACCUUCUCACCAUUCUUCCUGCCGUUUCCGCAGACCUCGGCUCACCAUGGAAAAUCAGCGCGAACUUUUCUGCUCACCAGAUAUUCCGUUGCCGUCAAUCGAGCUAUCUCACGAUGCUUCGGCCUCUGUAGCGGACAUUUUCGACAUGGCUGCCCCUCAACUGAUAACUGAUAAUGCGCUACAAGUCCCCCCAAGGGGUAGGGUCGAUCCCAGAACGCCUCCAGCUCAAAUCAGGGGUACCCCCGUUGACGAAAGGCCUUGCUGGACUUAUGGCGAUGCUGAUCCCAUACAACGACCAUCAUCUGCUUGUUCCAAUUUCUCGGAUUCUUCUGCUGCGUCGUCGACAUCCUAUAUCUCGCACCCGUCUAUGGGGGGAAGCUGUACGAGCCCUGAAAGCGAAAUCCAGGACCCUUUCCUCUCGUAUCCCAUCACUAGUGACGUCAAACAAGAACCAGAGACUCCUUCCAAGCCAAGUAAUGUGCAGGAGAAACCUGGCAGAAUAGCAACAACUGGACCGAAAUGGACAGCUGAGAUGGACAACCAUCUGUGGAAUUCGUAUCAGAUAUAUCUGCAAGACCCCAGAAUCACCCCGUUCAAAAUGGUUCCGGGGAGCGUGCCGCCUUUGGGAGUCUCCCAUCGUGUUGCUCGUGAAGCCAGGAAAGCUUGGUUCAGGUCAAAAAAUAGACAGAAGAAUGGUGGCCCUUCAACCGUAACCUCAGCCUCUGUUCCUGUUAUACAUGCGGAAGACGUUUGUGGGGAUGGAAAUAAACAACGAGCAACCGACGAUUCUGCGAUACGAAGUGGAAGUACGACGCCAACGGCCAGUACCGCAGCUCCCAAGCCAACCUGGCCUAGGUCGGACUCCUCUACUAGAAGACGCUUAAAGGAGCUUUGCAAACGGAAAUUUUCAAUCGCGCCCCAUUAUCAACGACUGCUUCAAUCUCGUAGUCCGUCUCCUUUCAUGGAAACGUUUCCAGAAUCGACUGCUAGGACUCCUUUACAAUUAGGGGUAUCUCAUAGAAGAGCUGCCUCUUUCGCGACUCGAGAUCUUGGAGUAUCGUUGGUGUCCAGCUCUCUGCCAACUCAGGUCGCGGAAUUGGGACCUCCAGUGAACGAUCUGGUCGGUAACAGCUCAGAAAAUGAUUGGUUUAAUAACAUUUCAGGUGAACACGAACUACCACCCCUGAGCUCUCAAAAUCGCCACAGUGACCCAUCAUCAUCGCUCGACCACUACUACCACAGCAAAACAACCCGCGCCCUUUCCAACCCAAUCCCUCGCCUCGGAUCUCCAUUUAUGUACCAUACCUGGGGUCCUGGCAGCUCCCGUCGCCGUCUCCGUUCCGUCACACCAGCCAGCCAGUGCGAGACAAUCCACACAGCCAGCUUAAAAACCCGAUCGCCGGGCGCCCGCAUUGACCCGCUCGGGAACGCUCACAAGCGGCGAGCCCUGCACCAGUUGGAAGACGAGUUGGACUCGAGCGGUGGCAGUCUCCAACGUCCCUUCCCAGAUCUCAUCCGGCAACCUAGAUACAAUGAUAUUAUUGGCCAGAGGCGCAUUCGCGUGCGGAACAGAGGUGUCACGACGGGCGCAAUUGGUGGUUCAAGAGGACGAUUGGAUCAGCUUUUCAACCCUCCAGCUCCAUUUUCGGCGUUUUCUGGGACUUCUUCUACUUCCAUUUAUACUGCUACGGAUACGGCUGCGGCGACAACGGUUACGACUGGUGCUAGAGAAGGCGCCAGUGACAGACAAGAAGCACAGCAACAGGAUAAUAAUAUUAAUCAUAAUAUUAGUACUAUUGACCACCAUUUGCGACUGGGCGAUGAUAUUAAGCGUCUCGGCUCCCCGUUCCACUCUGACCCUUUCACCAAGUACCUUAACAAAAAACGUCAUAUGCCAUCCCACUCCCCCCGUCAUGCACCCUCGCUCUCCGAUCCAUUUAUCUCAACUUCCUUCGCCAACAUGCUCUCUGCUACCGCCAGGGAACGAGAACGUUACCAUCCCAUGUCGAUGUCGAAUUAUCAGGAACCGCCCAGUGAGAGCACUAUGACCACUCCCCGCGCGUACUACGACACAGACAAGGAAGGGAAGGAAGGCGUGGGUGCUGGUGUAGCGGAUGGCGAGGUAGUGAAACUUGAUACGCCUAACACGCCGUUCUCAUAGCGCCUCCUUUUCCAUUCCUUUUCCGAAUCUCCCCAUGCGCGCUAGAAAAAUUCAUCUUCGAUUCAGUGGACAUUUUGUUUUAUGAAAAAAAAAAGAUGCUUUUUUUUACUGCUCUUCUGUACGAAAACGAUGACGACAAUACGACAACGACUAUGAAAACGACAAUGACAACGAAAACGAAAUCAAAGGAGUCUAUACAUAAAGACAUAAAUCUCUUUUUUUUUAUGAAUUUUUUUUCAUGACCGGCGACGACUUGUGAAAAAAAUCAUGUGAAUGCACAUUUCCUUAUCUUUGUUCUCUAUCUUUUCUCCUUUCUUUUCAAACUUUAACAUUACCUUCUUUACAUCAUUUCCUUUUUUCUCUUUGCCUCUAUUUGUUCUGAAUAUAUCUAUUUUGCUCAUAUUGGGAUAUAUCUGGGGACUUAAAUUGGUUUUUUUCUAGUAUGUGUCGCGGUUGGAAUAUGUCUGCCUGCCUACGUAUCUAUCUACUUACCAGAUCCCGACUGCAUUCCUGCGCCUGCAAUGAUGCUCGUAGGAACAACGCUUUUGCUCCGGGCGGAUAUGAGGAGGAUUUGAUCCUAGGACGACUGGAAACGCGACUUCGAUACCGUACCGAACAAUUUGCGAAGCUUGAUUCCCAUUACUCACCUCUUUAUACAACCUUGCCUAAGACUAAGGGGGGACACAAGGGGAGAUACGGACGAAACAGCUUGAAUUCGAAAACAAUUCCACCUCCAACAGAAACACAAAACCUACACCGCGAAAAGCAAAGCAACAAUACGUUGUAAUUGUCCUUCCUCACCUCACUCACUAUCUUGACGCUUUCCACUUUAUUUCCUUAACUGCCUUCUGUUUGGAUUUAUAUCCUCCGCUACCCAAAUCAAGACGUAGCCCUACUACUUGCCACCUUUCCCAACCAUGGACGAUCUAUCGAUGUACAUGACGGAUGGAGUCGACGGAAAAAAAAAAAAAAGAAAGAAAAUUAAAUAUAAAUAUCGCGCUGAGCAAACACAACAAAACGUCGACUCCAUCUUAGGCAGAACGAAGAUCGUGGGAUGGAUGAGAUGGGAUGCGUUUGGGGCUAUCUUGUGGGGGUUAUCCGGGACAUUUCAAGUCUCCAAUCUUCAACAAGACUCUCACUCUUUUUUUCUUUUCUCCUUUUAUACUUUCUAUUUUGACUAUUUAUGUACCAAAUGGGCUCAUGCAACAAAGCCAAUGAAACAAAUGAAUGAAUGAAUGAAACAACUGCAACAUAAAUGAUAUGAACAACAAUAUGAAAAAAAAAAAGAAAAAAAAAAGAAAAAAAAAGUCAAAAAAACAAAGAAAGAAAGAAAUAGAAUGAUGAAUAAAACAAGAGAGGAAAUAAACACUGUUGAUGUUCUGAAAUAAAGGUCUUUUUUCUUUUUAUUUUGAUAUUUUUGUUUCAUCUUCAUCUUCAUUUCAAUUUUCAUUUUUCAUUUCAUUUCAUUUUUUUUUAUUUUUUUUUAACAUACAUAGUUAACUAUUACUUUUUAUAUAACAAAUGACUGACUAACUAACUGAUCUAUCUUUGAGAGCUCUUACUUGCUGCUAGCUAUCUAUUCUGUUCACCAUUUUUUUUUUUUUUUCCUUCUCUUGUUCUUCGUUCUUUCUGUCUUAGAUCAUGUUCCUGCUUCUACAUAUGUAUGUACUCUGUACAUUGUACUUACAUAUGCUGUAUGUAAACCAUGCGUGCUCCGCUGUGUUUGGUUUUGCUUUGAGACCUAUUUUUCCCCUUCUCACAUAAUUGAUGUAUACUGUACCUGAAUAACAGAAGGCAUAAGAUCCUGUAGAAACAUAGUGAAUAAUAACACAGUCAGAUUUAACUGGAAAUUUUUGCAUGUAGG